AAACAUAAAACACAGCCACCCACACGGGAACACUGAGCCCUUACUCAAACAGAGGCCCUAAUCCCCAAAACACAGCCAAUCAAUAGGAGUAUUAAUCAUUAAUCAGGAGUGGCACAUCAGUCCUGGUUCAUGCACUUUUUUCAUGAUAUCAAGGCAACAGUGAACCGACGAUUUCACCAAACAUUUUGUAUGAAAAUUACUAAAAAACUAACAAAAAAACGCAGACAGUCUCAGGUGGUUUGCUGUCAAAAUAAAAGCACUUCUCCUCACAGACGCUAGACGUCAGUAGAAUAAUUUCCAGAGUUUUUUUUUUCUGUGUUUCCAGUUUUCCGGGAAAUAAAGUGAAACUGCAGCUGGUUCAAGACAGGUCCUGUUUUAUUUUGCAGGUUUUUAAAUAAAUAAAUAAAUCAGCGGUUCAUUAUUUAAACCUGGAACAAGGAUGUCGGCUGUGAAGAUGACAGAGGGGAGUGUGCAGCUGGAGAGCUGCAAAGCGCCACUCUUCUACAGACAAAGUGAACCUGCCACGGGGGAAGUAAAGAUGUCAGUUUUACUCCUUCACGGCAUCCGUUUCUCUUCAGAAAACUGGCUCAGCAUCGGCACUCUGGACACUCUGGCCAAAGCAGGCUGCCGUGCUGUUGCCAUCGACCUGCCAGGACUCGGUCGGUCCAAGUCAGCCGAGGCCCCGGCAGAGGUUGGACAACUGGCCCCUGCAGGUUUCCUGAAAGAAGUGUGUGAGAAGCUGAGCCUGAGCCCGGUGGUGGUGAUCAGCCCAUCUCUUAGUGGGAUGUACUCUCUCCCCUUCCUCCUCCAGCACCAGGCCCUGAUACGAGCCUACAUCCCUGUGGCUCCCAUCUGCACUGACAAAUUCACAGCAGAGCAGUACCACAGUGUACAGGUCCCAUCGCUGAUUGUUUACGGUGACCAGGACACUCAGCUCGGAGAACUGUCACUCAGCAACCUGAGAAAUCUGGCCAAUCACAGCGUGGUGGUGAUGAAAGGAGCGGGUCACGCCUGUUACCUGGACGACCCGGACACUUGGCACAAAGCUCUCACAGACUUCCUUAAUACUCUGUGAAGCUCUUUGCUGUCUCUUCAUCUGUACAAAAGAAUGGAGCGACAUGGACCAGUGCCCAGAAAAGAAGGAGCUAAAUCUUCCACGCACACCAACAUUCACACUCACACACGUACAAGAAAUAAAACAAAACUAAAAAAUAAAUUGAAAACAUUUUGACUUCAGAUCUCAAACUUAUCAACAGUGCUGUAUUCCUAUAUAUAUAUUUUUUAACUUCACUUAAAAUUCGACUGAUUUUAUUCUCUUUUUUUUUUUCUUCUUCUUCUCUAAAUGUUGCUGUUAUUUUUUCACACACUUGUCAAACAUGGUCACAUAGCACCAGACUACAGACUACAGAAUCACAUACACACGUGUCUUUCCCACAGAGACGCAUCAACACAGAUGCAGCGAGGGUCGGGAGGAGGCGUGAGGCUUUAUGAAAACCAUCCCCUACUUAUUUUAGGGUUGCGUCCUAAAGCUGACCCCCCUCCCUCUGGUCCCCAAGCUGGUCCAAUUUUCUAUUUUUUCUUUUUUUCUUUAUUUUUUUUUGGCAAAAGUAAAUUUGUCGAACCACAGAAAUCAGACGUGUGUCCCUUUAGAAGAGUUCCUUCGUCGGGAUGCACACACAGACGUCACCACAUGUUUCUUCCAUGACCUUCUGUUUGACAGGCCCGUGCUGCUCUGUGGAGACCCACUCCCUGAGCUUGCCUCUGACAUUCCACCCGCUCACCCCAAAAAAAGACACCUGGGGAAGUGACGUCCUUGGCUUACUUCUGCCUGGUGCUUGACAUCUCCCAGCUGGGCAUGAAUUAAGUGUCUUUACAUGUUUGUUUAUAGGUGUGUGUGCAUUAUGUCUCGGUGCAGGUGCAAAAACCGUAGGCCUACAUAUUUAGUUUACGUGUGAGAGUGUAAUGCGUACAGAGCCAGGAAAAGAGAGGAAGUUGCAGGGGGUACAUUUCCACAGGCACGUGUAGCGCUCAUUUACAGACAGUGGAAAUAGGGAUAUACAGACAGAAUUAAUGGCACAGGACAGAGACAAACAGAUGCCAGAAAAGCAAGACUGCAUCCGGUCAGUACUCAACACCGAAAGGAGCCAAAUUGGAAACACACAUCUUUGUUUUGUUUUUUUUUGUUCAGAGCCGUGCUGCAGUUACUGUGCCAGCAUGUUUGUCACAUCAAAUAGUACCAACAACUGUACAGAGUGUGUGUCGUUAAGGUUCAAAUUGUCGUGUGAGUCAUCCCACCUGAGCAACACAUACAGUGAGGGGUUCGGGGUAGGUGUGAA